AAGAUGUCAGAAGAAGAGGAGUUUUAUCUGUUCAAGAACGCCUCCUUGGUGGGGCCGUGGGAUGGACCUCAGUACCACCUUGCCCCUGUCUGGGCCUUUCAUCUCCAGGCAGCCUUCAUGGGCUUUGUCUUCUUUGUAGGGACACCGCUCAAUGCCUCAGUGCUGGUGGCCACGAUGCGCUACAGAAAGUUGCGCCAGCCCCUUAACUACAUCCUGGUCAACAUAUCCUUUGGGGGCUUCCUCUACUGCAUCUUCUCUGUCUUCGUUGUCUUCCUUAACAGCUGCCAUGGAUACUUCUUCUUUGGCCGCUUUAUUUGUGGUCUGGAAGCUUUCAUGGGCACUGUAGCAGGUCUGGUGAUAGGCUGGUCAUUGGCAUUCCUCGCCUUGAGCGCUACAUUUGAGCGCUACAUUGUCAUCUGUAAGCCCUUCGGCAACUUCCGCUUCAGCUCCAAGCAUGCUCUGAUCGUGGUCCUGACUACCUGGACCAUUGGUAUUGGUGUCUCCAUCCCACCCUUCUUUGGCUGGAGCCGGUUCAUCCCUGAGGGCCUGCAGUGUUCCUGUGGCCCCGACUGGUACACCGUGGGCACCAAAUACCGCAGCGAGUACUACACCUGGUUCCUCUUCAUCUUCUGCUUCAUCGUGCCUCUUGCCCUCAUCUGCUUCUCCUACUCUCAGCUGCUGGGGGCCCUCAGAGCCGUUGCAGCUCAGCAGCAGGAGUCAGCAACUACCCAGAAGGCCGAGCGGGAGGUGAGCCGCAUGGUGGUGGUGAUGGUGGGCUCCUUUUGUGUGUGCUACGUGCCCUACGCUGCCCUGGCCAUGUACAUGGUCAACAACCGCAACCACGGCAUAGACUUACGGCUCGUCACCAUCCCCGCCUUCUUCUCCAAGAGCGCGUGCGUCUACAAUCCCAUCAUCUACUGCUUCAUGAAUAAGCAGUUCCGAGCUUGCAUCAUGGAGAUGGUGUGUAGGAAGCCCAUGACAGACGAAUCUGAAAUGUCCAGCUCUCAGAGAACAGAAGUUUCUACCGUCUCUUCCAGCCAAGUUGGCCCCAACUAAGGACCCCACGUUGGCCUGUUUGCAGUCUCCAGAAUUUCACAUUUAAGGUCUACUCAGGCCGCCCCAAAGGCCGUCUCAACAAUCAUCAGCUCUACUCCCAAACGGCACCUUUCACAGCACUUGGAGAAUGGAUUUCUACAGACAGGGAAACCGUAAAGGAGUAUGGCUGAUUUUUCAGUGUAUGGGUAACA